AUAGGGAACAACUAGUUGUAUACUCUCCGGUUGUUCUGCCCGGGUAUUGAAAAACAUCAGACUAGGUUAUAACCGUGUUUUGUUGGCUUAAUUAAGAAAAGCGCCUCGGGUUGACCAGAUGCAUUGAUCACAUCAUUUUUUUGUGCAAUAUGAGCAACCGGACAUCUCUUAAUUUGCAUGCAACAAAGAAAGUUCAAAAAUGCAAGAAUGACAUGGAGUGCGCCUAAAGCUUUGAAGCAUUUGUGCAACAGGUUGCCUGCCAGGAUAGAAGAAAAAAUGAGUUGAGAGAUAUUUUAUUCUUCUCUCGUCUGGAUGGUACGCCGUUUCUGGACUCGGAGCAAACAGCUGGUAUAUUUGUCGGUAGAUAGGGGGCGGUAGUUCUGAGGGUCAGUGAGCUCACCAAAGGGUGAGCAAGGGGAAAAUAUAUGCUGAGUCUGGCUUUUCAGAUAGUUAACUAUUGAGCAGCCGGUCUUGCAACUUCUGGGGACUUGUGUAAGAGUGUGAACGAGAGAGAUACUGUCUACUUUUUUCUCCAGAAUAAGCAAUUCUCUCAGGUGCAACACAGUAACAUUGGCUGGUAAUAGUUCCAGGGGGAGGGGGAUACACAUUUUUCAUAAUUUGUCGCACGCAAUGGGCUUUUUCUGAGUUAGUAGGUCAAUACAUAGGGGGGGGGGGGGAGCAUUCAACACUGGAAGUCUUAAAUCUUUUACACGCAUCCAAAUGUGAACGUGUGAAGAGUGGAUCCUGUUAAAUCACCCUGAAAGGCAACAUCUGGCUGUCAGCUGAGAUUUUUUUGGUCAAGAAGAUGUCUUCGUCCAGUCGCGCGCUGCUGUUUGCACUGGCCCUCGCGCUCUACGUUGUGGAAAUAGCCUCGGCAGAGACGCUGUGUGGGGGAGAGCUGGUGGACGCGCUGCAGUUUGUCUGUGAAGACAGAGGCUUCUAUUUCAGUAGGCCAACCAGCAGGGGUAACAACCGGCGCAACCAGAACCGUGGGAUCGUAGAGGAGUGUUGUUUCCGUAGCUGUGACCUCAACCUGCUGGAGCAAUACUGUGCCAAACCCGCCAAGUCCGAAAGGGACGUGUCGGCCACCUCUCUGCAGGUCAUACCCAUGAUGCCCGCACUAAAACAGGAAGUCCCAAGGAAGCAGCAUGUGACCGUGAAGUAUUCCAAAUACGAGGUGUGGCAGAGGAAGGCGGCCCAGCGGCUCCGGAGGGGUGUUCCCGCCAUCCUGAGGGCCAAAAAGGUUCGGAGGCAGGCGGAGAAGAUCAAAGCCCAGGAGCAGGCAGUCUUCCACAGGCCCCUCAUCAGCCUGCCCAGCAAACUGCCUCCUGUCUUGCUCGCCACGGACAACUAUGUCAACCACAAAUGAGCCCGCUGCCAGCCCUUUGCACAGACAAGAGUUUGGAGGGAGAAAAAAAAGACUAGGGGAUUAUAGCUUUGUCUCUGACGUCAUUUCUGUGGCAGCCCUCUUUGACCUCCCCUGCCCUGUCCGAGCCCACCAAUCCCUCCCCUGCUCUCAUCCACUACUUCUUGACCCCGUGGCCCUUCUCUAAUGCCCCCCUUAACCCAACCUACCCACCCUCCUCAGGCACACAAACAUGCCUUCACAUUCUUCCUGUCUGAACUCUUUCGCUCCCUCUCUCUUUCAGUCACUGACACAAAAGGCACAAACACAAACGAUGAACAAAAAGUUAACAAUUCGGCUGAAUGCAAUUCAGGUGGAUCCUUAAGCAACAGAGAAAAGGGAAGGGAGAAAUGAAGAUGAAAGAGAUCUGUGGUUUGCAAGUGUCAAGAGGACACCCAGCGGAAUGUUUUUUUUGUCCUUGUUGAAGACAACUGAAAGUGAAGAGCAGCUUGCAUGAAAGAAUCCAUUCCACAUAAUUUUUCCUGAGGCAAAAAGAAAAUCUCUGUUAGUUCUUUUUCUUAUUAGUUUGCACCUCUACCUAUAAAGGGACUUCCACACUGUAAGGAAUUAUUUUGUAAAAUUAGAUUCCUGUUCCAGCACCUUUUGAUCACAAACAAAAAGCAGAAAAGAGUCUGCAAAAUUGCACAUUGCCACGGAUUACGUCAAAGUAAAGAAAAAAAAUGGCACUAUUUUUUUAUGAACAAUGAACGUGUAGCUUAAAAAAAUGUCAUGGUGCUAGCUUUGGGAAUGGACUCAAAGAAGAGGUUGAAAAGCACGUUUUUUUUUUUUCUUUGAAUGAAUAUUAAAACUUUCCGUUUUAAGGAAAGUGUGACUUUUGAAAAAAGGAAGAUAAAGGAUAUGGGUGCGCUCCUGGCAGUGGCAAUGUCAAGGGGGAAGUGUCACUGAGAGAAGACAUGGGCUGUGUCGGCUUCUAGGCUCACAGCGAGUGCUAGCGGCUGCUCGUCAAUAGCUUGCCAGCAUAUAGUGGCAAGGGGGACCGGAGACCCAGUCCCUGUUCCUCCUGUCCCUGCCAGACACAGGGAGCAGUGUGAGGACACAUAUGGACCGUGGACAGUGGACCGCCUGGAUUGAGACAGUACUACAGUUCUGGGACAGUACUUCCUGUUUGCCAUGGCUUUGCAGACUGCUCUGACAGGAAGUAACAUGGCAUGGACAAA